AUGACGGGAUUAGCGGCACCUGUUCUGAUCGGCCUUCUGCUCUUCGCGUCAGGAGCCACCGCCGCCGGUGACGACGAGCUUGCACAUCUUCAGGUCCCAGGCACCGCCGACUCGGGCCUUGGCCACGGGUCCGACGCGCCGCUACCGCCGCUGCCUCCGCAGGGGCAGCUCAUGGACAUCAUGUCCACGGGUGGCUGCGUAAGGUUCGCGGCCCUAGUCGCCGCGACACCGAACGUCAGCGACGUCUUCCAGCAGCGCCUCGUACCGGGCGCCGGAGGGCUCACCCUCUUCUGCCCCGACGACAAGGCCGUCGACUCCUUCGAGCCGACGUUCCGAGCCCUCGCCCAGAGCGACCGGCUGGACGUCCUCCUGCACCACGCCACGCUGGGGCGCUACGUCCGGGCGCAGCUGGCGGCCUUCGACUGGGUGGCGGCGCGCACGCUGGCGGCCAACAGGAGCCAGAGCAUCACCAUCCGCGACGACGGCGACACGGUGUGGCUGUGGAGGUCGUGGCAAGGCGGCGCGGCCAGGGUGAUCAAGACGGUUUCGGAGGAGGAGGCCCCCCUCGCCCUCGCCGUGUACCUCGUCGACGCCGUGCUGCUGCCGGGCCAUCUGCGACAGAAGCUGGAUGGAGGGUACUUUGCCUGGCUGCACAUGCUCAUCCCGGUGUGGGUGGGGCUGUGCUGGGCCCUAGCGGCCAUGGUGGGCGUCAUCAUCGGCUUUCUGCUCAUGCUCGGAGCAAUGUCAAGGUGGAUAUAGUGAUGCUGUGAAGGCGAAAGAGGAGGAGGAGGUGGAGAAGAAGCCGGCCGGCUCUAUGUUCUGUUAAGAUCGAGUUUCAUGCUACAAUAGUCCAUCUCUCUGUGCGCUCAUCAGUGUGUGAACUCUAGUGCUCUGUUAAGAGUUUCAUGCUACAUUAGUCAGGUGUUAGUGUCGAGUCUGCAUAUGCAUGAUGUUGGAGUGUAUCGUUGUUGCAUUGCACCGUCAGACCGUAGUGCAUGCUGGAGUGAGUUCUGCUGCUCAGCUCCUGUGUAGUCCUGUGCCUCAGCUGCAUUAACC